AUGUCUCCAGUUACCAAAGCCUCUGACAAUCAAAGUUUACCUGUUUAUCCUAUGGAUGAGUUGUUAAAAGCACGUAGUGAGUUUCGUGAACGGUGGAAAAGACAAAUGACCAAAAAUCCCUUGACCAGAUUAAUCUAUGCUGAUCAUUAUAGAUACCCGCCUAAUAUAAUCGUGAAAAACUGGGAGAAAUAUCCGUUUGAUGAGACUGGUGACGAGUCAGACAAGCGUCAGUUUCUUUCAACUCUGAGUGAUAAAAUGAGAAAUGAAAUAAUGUUGAAGUCAGAACCUUAUAUACCUUCUGAAAUUUAUGAUAAUAUGAUAUUUGAGGAAGAUUUUCAGCAUGUUUGUUCACGACUAUCAAAUGAGGUGUGCAUCACAGAGAAUUACUUUCAAUCUAUAAGUCAAAAUCAAUGCAUUUCAGCAUGUUAUUUUAUAUGUGAUAAUUGUGAUUUUCUUGGGACCAAUGAAGAUGCAGUGGAGCACUUGAAACAAACAAGUCAUUCAACCUGUAGUAAAUACUCCCCAAUUUAUUAUGUGGAUGAAUCUGGUGCUGCUAAACCCUGUGAACUUAAAGAACCACGGGUUAUCUUUUAUGCACCUAAUCGAAUUUAUGGUUGGAGUAUUGAUGAUUCAGUGAUAUGUUGUCCUACGUGCAAUUUGACAUUCCCAGAUAAGUUAAUGUGUGCCUAUCACCAUGCUUUACAACAUCCUCAAGGUAAACCCCUUUACACCUAUGGAAAGGUUUUGAUUGUACAAGGGCUAAAAAUUCAUCGCUCACUAAUAUGCUCAAAUUGUCAAACUGGAUUUUCUUCAAUCAGAGGCUUUACAAAACAUUGUAUAGACUCCCCACAAUGUGAUUCAUCAUUUUUCUCUUUAUUCCACUGUCAAACGUCGUUACCUAGUUCACAUUCUGUCAUUUUAUCUGUAUUGUGCAAAUUUUGUGAGCGUAGUUUUUCUACAGUCUUAACACCUGAGAAUUGGUCCACUGCUCAAUCGACUAGUAGUAGUAGUAGUAGAAAGCGUAAACGACAACAACAUCAAACGGAUUCUUGUGGCAAAGACUUUUCUCGUUUUUGCCUACGUCAUGCUUUUCAGCAUAUUGAUCGAGAAAAUCUUGAAUCUUGUAAUCUAAGCCUACGUGUUAUAGAUAUUUCAAAGUCUGUUGAAUAUCUCCCGCCUAUUAAUGCAAUAAGUCAUUCGGCUGUAUUACUUUUUUCUCUAUACGAAUGUAAACGUCUUGUUUUAUAUCUUGAAAAGUAUUAUGGAACUUCAUUUCAUUUGUUUCAACGUGCUCGAAAGCAUUUAACUGAUUUAUUUGAACAGGCUACAAAGAUUAUCUCUCAAUUUUCUCCAUAA